UCCAGGUGUAAAAUUGGAGCGGACAGCCGUCUUUGUUCGGCGUGGAGCUGUAACAUGACACACCCGCUGAACGGGGCUGGGCUUGGUGAAGGAAGACAAGUCCAACCCUGCACGUCCUAAACCAGGUUGACGGCUGCAUUGCACUCUCGGUGGGACCGACAAUGUUUCGCUGCGGGAUCGCCUACCCUCGCUGCAGGUGGAUCGUGCCCCUGCUGCUGCUCUUCGCCAUCAUUUUCGACAUCAUCGCCAUCGCCGCCACGUCUGGCUGGUUGACGGACGAGGAGGGAAAGUCGCACUACGCCAGCAUGUGGGACCAGUGCCACGGCCGCAACGACCAGUGGGACUGCAAGUCCCUCAUGGAGUUCUCGUGGGCGCAGGCGGUGGCCGCCUUAAUGAUCAUCGGCCUCAUUAUCCUCGUCAUUGCCUUCAUCCUCGCCUGUGUGGCUCUGUGCUGCACGCUCAACAUCUCACUGCUGCCCGUCAUUGGCGUGAUGCUCAUUAUUGUUGCCAUCAUCCAGAUCAUCGCCUUGAUCAUCUACCCAGUCAAGUUCAACGAGCAGCUCUUCGAGGGCCACUAUUACUACACCUGGGCCUACGGCUUCGGCUGGGGCGCCACGCUCCUCUGCAUCGGCUGCGCCAUCCUCUUCUGCUGCCUGCCGCGCUACGAGGACGAGCUGACCGGUCUGGCCAAGACCAAGUAUUUGUACACGUCCGCCUAAAGACUCAACACACGCCCGCUUCGCCGCCACGUCAACAUUUCUACACCUCAACCCUCCCGUUCUUGUCGGGAAAUUCCUUCCUUCCCUUGUUUUUUACCCCGGAUUUUGUAUUUCACGAAAAAUAAUAAUAAUAAUAAUAAUAAUAAUAAUUUCUGUAACAUCGAGGUGCAAAAUGACACCAGGCAGCUUGAAAAAACUGCGUCAACUGUAAGCGCCGUGAUGCAGCCCAGAAUUGGUUUUAGUUUUCACAAUAUUACAGGAAAGUCCUAUGUUAUGUUUGAAUAGAUGACGUAAUCGUUACUGACACGCCUUGGUAAGCAAUGGACAUCGGUGAGGUUGUUAUUUUUUGCCGCGUCUUUCACUUUAAGCGUGAGUAAAGAAAUGCACUACCGACCCAAUAAGUCCGAAAGAGAAGGAGAUGAUUCAGUAUUAUCUGCGCACAGAUGCUCCCUGGUGGUUGUUUGAGUACAGUGCAGCUAGUCCUGGAUAGUCCCAUUCCUUGACGCUUCCAUCACACGCAGGAUUCUCACAGGAAUGAGGAAAAAGUACAACCUUACCUUAUGUAUUACCGUAUUUUCGGGUAUUUAUGCCGCCAAAUUUUAGGGAGAAAAAAAAAAUCAUAAAUUGGCCUUGACUACAAGCUACACAUAUAUACUGUAUGUUGUGAAAAUUGUUAUUUACACAGAAAUAUUUUGUAAAUGUUUAUUUACAUACCUUAACCGUUUCCAAACGAUGCCCGUGACACGGCAGUAAAACGGCAGAUCAAACAAAACACAAGUCUUCUCUCCACUCAGUUAAACAGACUCAAUAACUCUGUCUUGGUGAAUUUACCAAACUGAAACAAUACAAACAGAAUGCCUUCGUAAGUUAACAAUACUAACACAGACACUUGUAAACGUGUUAGCGUAUUAGCUAAUGCUAAUGACGCUGGCUUGAUUACAUUACGAUGUCACGUGCAAAUUUGCGUGAAAACACUCUUUCAUGGGUCGGUUUAGUAAGUACGAAUUGUUUCAGUCGUAUUGUAAAACUUACAAUGUUGCGAAGUGAGGAAUGAAGAAUUCAUACGAGUAGAAAUGCCAUGGACGGCACUUCCACUUCUGGUCAAAAGAGUUAAAUGGAGGAUUACUGCAGUAAACUCGUCCAAAAGAUGGCGCCAUAGCACAAACAAUAACACACCUUUUCAAUGUAUUUGCUUUUUUAUUUUUUUUUUCAUUUUUAGCAUUCAGCGAAGAAAAAUCAAUAAAUUAGCCACACGGUUUUAUAAACCGCAGGGUUCAAACUGUAGGAAAAAAGUACUAGCUUAUAGUCCAGAAUUUACGGUAUUAUUUUCCCAAAAUGUUUAAUUUAUUUACAGCGAUUUGUGAUAAAUAAAUAAAAUAAAUAUAUUUUCACCCAUUUUCCCAGGAACAUUUUCCCAUGUUCUGAAAUGCAAACGCUGGCAGGUGUGCAUCUCCCCAAAGACCGCAGUCAAGCAUUAAGAGAGGUCAUUUUUAAUGUUGGGACCUUCUUCUGCAUUGACAAUAUGAUUGUUGUCAUUCCUUAAGAGCUGACAGAGCCUGAGUGGGGGAAGAGAAGUUCAAACACGUUGAAUUGUUUCUUUCCUGUGUGAUGAAAUAUCUUCUUUGCACCUUUUUAUCCACAUUUGUCAUGCUUCUUUUCUCCUAUUUUCUUAGCAUGAGGGAGUUUUUUAAAUUUUUUAUUUCUUGCCCUUUCACUCACAGCUCCACGUGCAUUUUUAAUGAUCACAUGACACUUGCUGCUUUAAAGGGAACAACCUGAAGCCAAAGGUGUGCUUGCUUUUUUGAACUUCAUUCGUUCCAAGUGUGGUUGGAAGCAGUACUUUCCUUUGAAUGAAAAAUAUUACUACUACUGAGACAAACCUCUGAUGUGCCUUAUUAGCUUCAGUGUGCCUCACACUUGGCUUCAUGUCCAAUACUGUGCAAGCCCCAUCAUGUUAUGUAUUGUGUGAUGUGCAGGGAAUUAAACAACCAUCUUUUCUGAGGAAAAAGCAGACUACUGCUUGGCUUAAAGAAAUAUUCUAUUUUAUUAUUAGGGAUGGAUUUUAACGUCAUAUUUAGAUGUUUAUUAUUAACAUUUCUCUCGCUUCCUGCUGUUUUUCUGCUGUAGUGUGAGCUGAUUUGUAUUUUCAUGCAAUAAAGAGUUUUGUUUUGGAAAAAA